CCCAGUCAAACGCGAACUGUCUCUCGUUACACAGCUUCAGUCCCGGGCACUCGUUACCAGCUUCCCCUCUAUAUAUAAUCCUUAAUUCUUCCAGCCAAUCCACCCACCAACCACCGGCACCAUGAAGUUCACCGGCUUGUUCACCCUGGCUCUGGCCACCACCGCCCUGGCCACCCCGGCCAAGCGCCAGUCCUCUCCCGCUGAUAUCAUCGACACCAUCUCCUCCAAGGUCGAUGCCCUCGGCUCUGCCGUCAGCUCCUACAGCGGCGGCGACCCCUCUGAUGUCCAGUCCGCCUCGGACAACCUCGUCAGCACCAUCCGAUCUGCCGUCGAGGAGGUCAACGCCGGCCCCGAUCUCUCCAACUCGGACGCCCUGGCUCUCACCAGCCCCAUCCAGGACCUGACCGAUGACGUCGAGGGCGUCAUCGACCAGCUCAUCUCCAAGAAGGACCAGUUCGUUGAGGCUGGUGCUGGCGGCGAUGUCAAG